AUGAUGGCAGUAGAUUAUAGUGCAUAUUUCCUAGGACACACCAAAGGCGUAAUGGGAAAGACCUUACACGUGAUGGAAGGGGCAUUGCGUUUUCUGCGGCCCACUGGCCAUCGGCGGCUGAAAGCAGCAGAUGGCGGUGCCGAGACGGGAACGGCUCCCAGUCUUAAAGUGCGAAAAGUCGUCACUCGUCGCGAUCUGUUAGACGACGCAAUUGCGUCGCUGGCUUCGACCACCGACUCAGAGUCCGCCACGUUGUCGGCAUCGGGUUCAGGUGUAACCCGUCAUGUGCGAUUUGCCCCCUCUAUGUCGUCAAAUACGAAAUCCAGCCCACCCCGCCGGGCUGCAUCCUCCGGAGGCCACAUAACGCAUCCGCUGCCGUCGAAGACGCACGCGGACGCCCCUCCUGCUCCGCAGCUGUGUAUGCGUUCGCGUACCAGCUUUGGCGGGCUGGGAGAUCCGUUUUGUUUGGCGGUACCGUUAGGAAGUGACCACUCGCUCAAGGGCGAGAGGACUAUUCUCAACGAGGCAUAG